AUGAAUUUUUUUAAGCUUCGCAGAUUUUUUGGAGCUGCUAAAGAUUAUUCUUCCGUCAUUUCAGGGCAUUCAAAAGCUCAUCCUAUUUUGCUAUACUCACGUUCAGAUUCUCAGCAAAGUGCUAGAGCAAAAUCUUUGUUAUCUGAACAUAAAUUAUCACCAUUUGUGAUUGAAAUAGAUAAGGAAGAAGAUCCAAAAUCUUUUAGAGAAGCUCUUAAAGAAGCAACAAACUUAACAAGAAUUCCGAUAAUUUUUGUUCGAGGAAAGCCAAUUGGUGGCUUAGGAGAUCUUCGGAAAAAAUUGAAGAAUGGAGAGAUACAGUCUGAACUGAAAGACAAAUAA